CCCUGUCGUCAUCUGAGGCUGCCAUAUUUGUUGGGAAUAUUACAUGUGAAAUUGUUUGUAAUUCCCAUUCUUUCACCAUCUUUCUGUAGUAUUUUUAGUAAAUGAAUAGAAAUGUCAAAGACAGAACAAGUAGUCGACCUUGAACCGUCCACUGAGCUACGAUUUCGAGGUCCAUUUACUGACGUGGUGACAUCAACUCUUAAAAUUACAAAUCCAUCCAAACAGCGAGUAUGUUUUAAGGUGAAAACCACAGCGCCCAAGCGAUACUGUGUACGACCGAACAGUGGGAUAAUUGAGGCAAAUGCUGUUGUCGAAGUUGCAGUUAUGCUUCAGCCAUUUGAAUAUGAUCCCAAGGAAAAGGCAAAGCACAAGUUUAUGGUACAAACUAUGUUUGCUCCUGAUUCAGCAACAGAAUAUGCAGAAACUCUGUGGAAAGAAGUAGAUCCUUCAAGUUUAAUGGACUCUAAACUAAAGUGUGUAUUUGAACUACCAGAACCUUCCUCUUCUCCUGAGAGUAAUGAUACACCAUCCAAAGACAUAUCUUUAAGUUCCAAAGCGAGCCCUGGUAAACCUGAAUCAUCUCUAUUAGAGGCAGGAGCUGAGAGCCCAGUGAAACCUACUGCACAACAUGCAAGAAAUAACUCAUUCCCAGAACAGGCAACUGAAACACCAAAGACAUUACCGGCAACUAUUGAAAGGAAUUUGAAUGAUGAAUUAGCAAAACUCAAGGAGGAGAAUGUUAGACUAACGGAAGAAUCAGUGAAAUUGAAAAGGUCAUUGGCUGUUGCAUCCAAGUCUCCACCGACAAAAGUGAAUUAUGCCCCUCCCCCCACAGACUCUCCCCUGGCUCCCCUCCCCAUUCUUUACAUAGUGUUGGCUUUACUUCUUGGUAUCAUCUUAGGAAAGAUUCUAUUGUAAAGAGGAUAUUAUAAAUUUUAAGGCUAUCAAUCCAUCAAUAGUCGCAUCAAAUACAUUUUUUUAAGGAGCGAGAAAAAUGCGUAGAGUGAAUAGAAUCGUAAAACGAAUGUAUUGUACCUAGGAAUAGCUGUAAUGCAUAUCCUACCAAUGCCGAAGAAUAAUAUCGUUGAGUUUUAGAGACGACUACAUCCACAAAAUAUUAUAGACCUCACUAAAAUAAUAAAAAUGUUAAUUUGA